CCAUUGUUUACUUUUGAAUCGAUCUUUCGACCUAUUUUGUACAACAAUUUCGUCCAAACAAAGACUAAAAAAAAGCUCUGCAGGACGCCGUUUCCCCCCCGGAUUUAUACCUCAUGAGGUACUUUCAGAUAGAAUAGCCGGGGGCGAAAAGGAAUGUUAAAUAAAUACACGUAUCAACGUUUUUUUGAGCAAAACUAAAAGCAGAGUUUUCUAAAAAGAUGUUAAAUUUAAGAUAUUGCCGAAAAGUGUUUCCUAGGAGUGUAUUUUCGCGUGGAUAUAAGGCAAAAACUAAUAGAUUUGGAUAUAAAGAAACCUUGCUGGAAGAGGAUGCAACAUCUCAAGUUGAUAGAAGAAUUGCUUCUGAACACUAUAAUCUUGUUGAACUGGUUUCAAAGUAUAGAGACUAUGGUCAUAAGAAAGCGUUUAUAGAUCCACUUAAACAACUGCCAAGAUAUGCAGAAGAGCUUGAAAAUGACUUGUCAAUAUUGAUUGGAUCUCAAAAUGAUGAGAGAUAUGAUUUAUCAGGAAUUUUUCAUAUGCCAAAACAGGGAGCAGCUACCAUAGAGGAAAUUAUUGAAGGUCUUGAAAGGACAUAUUGUGGACAUCUCUCUGUUGAAGUGAAUCACAUCUCAAAUGAACAAGAAAAACUCUGGAUUGCAAGGAAAGUAGAAGAAAGCAUGACAUUUUCUUUAAAUGCAGCAGAAAAAAAGCAUUUUGCCAGACUUCUUAUGAAAGCAAAGGUGUUUGAUGAUUUUGUGGCAAAGAAAUUUCCAACGUAUAAACGCUACUGUGGAGCUGGUGCUGAAAGUGCCUUGGCCUUCGUUGAUCAGUUGUUCUCCACUUCAUCUGCUGAAUAUGGAAUUGAGGACAUUGUGAUUGCCAUGGCUCACAGAGGAAAGCUUGAAUUGCUAACUUGUGUUCUCGGGCUUCCUCCAGCGACGAUAUUUUGUAAAGCUAUGGGUAAGUCGGAAUAUCCAGCGAAUCUUGGAACAGGGGAUUUAGCAACACAUUUAUCAAUAUCAACUGAUUUGGACUAUGGUGGAGAAAGACCACUUCACGUUAGCCUCUUACCAAACCCCUCUCAUCUCGAUGCCCAGGACCCGGUGGCGUGUGGCAAGACACGUGCUAAACAACUGCGAUCACGUGAAGGACAUUACAGUAGCGAUCCUAACAGUCGAUGUGGGGACAAGACCCUUUGCUUACAAAUUCACGGGGAUGCAGCGAUUGCUGCCCAGGGGAUAGUCGCGGAGUUGUUGUGUAUGGCAAACCUUCCUCACUACAGUGUCGGGGGAUCAGUCCAUUUGAUUAUCAAUAAUCAACUCGGUUUUACAACCCCCCCUGAACAAGGAAGGUCAUCGCGAUAUUCCAGUGAUGUUGGGAAGAUGAUCGAAUGUCCCGUGUUCCACGUGAAUGGUGACCACCCUGAGGAGGUGAUUCGGGCGUGCCGUUUAGCGAUGGAUUACCGAAUGAAGUUCAGAAAAGAUGUGAUUGUUGACAUGUUGUGUUAUAGAAGAUGGGGUCACAAUGAAAUGGACGAGCCUUCAUUCACUCAACCAACAAUGUACAGCAACAUCGUAUCACGUGAUCGGGUUCCAGACCUCUACCUUCGGACCGUCUCUGAGCAAGGUGUCGACGUUGGUGAUAUCGAUGGUGAACUCGAGGCGUAUAAAAACGUUUUGUCAGAAGAAAUAAAGAAAGCUCAAACGCAUGUACCAGAGGCAGCACAUCUUACCAAACAAUGGGCCGGGAUUCAGCCUGCACAGAAAGGCGUAGUCACUCACUAUGAUACUGGGGUCGAUUUGAACGUUCUGUUAUUUGUCGGUGCCAAAUCUUGUGAGAUUGAACCUGAAGUGACAGUUCAUGCUCAUUUACGUAAAACGUUCUGUGAACCCAGGAUGACGAGACUUCGAGAUGACAGUAAAAUUGACUGGGCUAGUGCCGAGGCCCUUGCGUUUGGCUCGCUGCUUCAUCAAGGACACAAUGUGCGUAUCAGUGGUCAGGAUGUUGGUAGAGGAACAUUCAGUCAUCGGCAUGUGAUGGUGGUCUGCCAGGAUUCAGACAAGAUUUACGUACCUUUGAAUCAUAUGUACCCAGACCAGAAAUCAUUUCUCGAGGUGUGCAACAGUCCACUCUCAGAAGAGGCUGUUUUAGCUUUUGAAUACGGAAUGAGUAUCGAUGAUCCAAACAACUUGAUUAUCUGGGAAGCUCAGUUUGGUGAUUUCUUUAAUGGCGCUCAAGUCAUCAUCGACACUUUUGUGUCUUCUGGCGAAAUCAAGUGGUUAUUCCAAAGUGGUUUAGUGAUGUUACUACCUCAUGGUAUGGACGGAAUGGGUCCUGAGCAUUCUUCUUGUCGUAUUGAACGUUUUCUACAGUUGAGUGACAGCACAGAAGAUGAAGUUGAUGGUGAUGAUGUUAACAUGCAUAUCGUCAACCCUACAACACCAGCACAGUAUUUUCAUUUAUUACGACGUCAGAUUGUUCGAAACUUUAGAAAACCUUUGAUUGUUGCCUCACCAAAACUUCUCCUGAGGUCACCGGUUGCUGUGUCAAAAUUAAGCGAGAUGGCUCCUGGGACACAUUUCGAACCAAUCUUGGGCGAUCAUCACGUUGAGCCAAGUCAAGUAUCACGUGUUAUAUUUUGCUCCGGGAAGUUUUACUAUUCUCUGGCGAAGGAAAGAGAAAACAAAAAUAUUCAAGAUACCGCCAUCAUUCGUCUUGAGGCAUUGACGCCAUUCCCGGCCGAAGCAAUUAAGCAGGAAAUUCAGAAGUAUUCAAAUGCUUCAGAUUUUAUUUGGUGCCAAGAGGAACAUAGAAACAUGGGCGCCUGGACGUUUGUAAAUCCUCGCUUUGAAAACCUCCUUGGUGUAAAGUUACGCUACAUUGGUAGAAGAACCCUGGCCACCCCAGCCGUGGGAAUCAGCCAAGUACACGAGAAGGAAUUGGCUGAGAUAUUGAGCUCUGUGUUUUGACACAAAUCAUGAUUGCAUGGCAUGGCUAAAGUCACUAUUUGAGUAUAUUUACUGAGGAUGGCGCGAGCAGAACUUGAGGGGAAUUGGGAACAAAGAUACCACAUAUGGGAUGUUCAACAUCGAGGUAUUUAAAAUAAAAAUGACAGUGGAUUGGAGCUAAUGGACUCGGCAAAUAUUAUCCGCGGGAGGAAAACUUUCGUGUAGAAAGUGUAAAAGCAUAUUGGACCAGUAGAAAGAGCCACUUGGAUGAAGUAGUUUUGUCCGCCCAUUUGGCCAAAGUCCACUUCCUUGCAUAUUGGCCUAAAUUUAGCAGUUUUCACUUCAGCAAAAAUACAUAUGAUUUAAGCAAUGCUGAACUAAAAUAUGGAAAUAAUAACUUUUUGGAGAUGAAGUAUAUUAAAUAUACAAAGAUUUCCUUUGUUU